CUUUCGACCAGACCUUUGUGUGAGGGCGGAGGGGAAGGAACCCGCACUCCCUUCCCCCUGCACCGCCGUGUGGAGGUGUGAAAGCGCCUUGGCUUUGUCCCGCCACCCCCACGGGCGAUGGUAGCGAUGUCCCCACGAUGCCGUGGCAGAUUCCGGUACCGGUAACCCCGGGGGCGCCGACUCGAUUUCCCGAGGAACCGAGGGGGCGGCGCAUAAAGAUGGCGGCGGGGCGGCCGGAAGCGGGACCCAGCCGAGCCCAGCCGAGAUGAGCCGAGCCCCGCCGAGCCGAACCCCGCCGAGCCGAGCCGAACUCCGCCGAGCAGAGCCGAACCGAGCCGAACCCACUCGAGCCGAGCCCAGCCGAGCCCCGUUGCGGGGGUUUUGGCCAUGACGGAGGUGACGGGGCCGGUGACCAAGCGCAUCCUGGUGACGGGGGGCACGGGCUUGGUGGGGAAAGCCAUCGAGAAGGUGGUGGCCGAUGGAGAGGGGCGGCCAGAUGAGAAGUGGAUCUUCGUGUCCUCCAGAGAUGCCGACUUGACGAAUGCUGCGGAGACCAAAGCCCUGUUUGAGCAGCACAAGCCCACCCACAUCAUCCAUCUGGCCGCCAUGGUGGGGGGCCUCUUCAAAAACAUCCGCUACAACCUGGAUUUUUGGAGGAGAAACAUCCAUAUCAACGACAACGUCCUGCACUUGGCCUACGAGACGGGGGUGGAGAAGGUGGUCUCCUGCCUCUCCACCUGCAUCUUCCCAGACAAGACGACGUACCCCAUCGAUGAGAGCAUGAUUCACAAUGGGCCACCACAUAGCUCCAACUUUGGCUACUCCUACGCCAAGAGGAUGAUUGACAUCCAGAAUAGGGGCUACUUUGAGCAGCACGGCUGCCGCUUCACCGCCGUCAUCCCCACCAACGUCUUCGGGCCCCAUGACAACUUCAACAUUGAGGAUGGCCACGUCCUGCCAGGGCUCAUCCACAAGGUCUACCUGGCCAAACAGACCGGUUCUGCUCUGACUGUCUGGGGUACGGGGAAGCCCAGGAGACAGUUCAUCUAUUCCCUGGACCUGGCCCGGCUCUUCCUGUGGGUCCUGCGGGAAUACGAUGAGGUAGAACCCAUCAUUUUGUCAGUGGGAGAAGAAGAUGAAGUCUCCAUCAGGGAGGCAGCAGAGGCAAUCGUGGAGGCCAUGGACUUCAGGGGAGAGCUUCUUUUUGACACCACCAAAGCAGAUGGGCAGUUCAAGAAGACGGCCAGCAACGCCAAGCUACGGCGCUACCUGCCUGGCUUCCAGUUCACACCCUUCAGGCAAGCCGUGAAGGAGACCUGCACCUGGUUCAGCGCCAACUACGCCAACGCCAGGAAGUGACGGGGCCAAUGCGGGACCGGCAGCAUCCUCUUCAUCUCAGGGUUGUCCUCUGCUGGGGCAGAGGACAGGGCUGGGGGAGUGACGGUGAGAUUUCCAAAGUAAAAAGGGGGCCAUUGAUCUGUCCCCACAUUCCUGCCUGUUGCUGGGACACCCAGGGCAGGGGAAAGAAGGUUGGGACACCCCAAAGGUGCUGGGACACCAGACCAGGUGGUAGCCACCAACUGGAGCCACCACCCCCUUCCUUGGUCAUAUGCAAGCAGCUGUAAUGGGCUACACUGCUAAUUACCUGUAAUUAGGCUGUAAUAAAGGGAAGGUGAUCAGGGUUCCUCCGACACAG